AUAAACAUGAAACAUUUUGAGUCCUUUAAGCGAGCUGAUAUCUACGCCAUGGGGCUGGUGUUCUGGGAGAUCGCCAGCCGCUGCUCCAUGGGGGGCAUUCACGAGGACUACCAGCUGCCGUACUACGACCUGGUGCAGUCGGACCCGUCUGUGGAGGAGAUGAGGAAGGUGGUGUGUGAGCAGAAACUCAGACCCAACAUCCCCAACCGCUGGCAGAGCUGCGAGGCGCUGAGGGUGAUGGCGAAGAUCAUGAGGGAGUGUUGGUACGCUAACAGCGCCGCGAGGCUAACGGCCCUGCGCAUCAAGAAGACCCUCUCUCAGCUCAGCCAAUCAGAGGGCAUCAAGAUGUAGACACACACACACAACCACACACACACAACCACACACACAGACAGACUGGCAUCCAUAUCAUUAGCAUUACUACCCUCCUCUGAAGGGAAGACGUUUCCCAUCCUCUGCUUUUUAUUCUCAUCACACUCACUGAUGAAGCUGAGGAGUGUGUGUGUGUGUGGUUGUGUGUGUGUUCUGCACACAUGGAUGGAUCUAACGGAAG